AUGGCUUCACCUCUGCUGCAUCACCCACACCAGAACCUGGGAGCAGCCAGUGCUGAGCUCUGCUCUUUCCUUCUCCUGCAGGUGCUGAGCAGACCCAGUGCAGGGACUGGGAGCUGUGGACCUCUGGAACGUGGGACACCAAGAUGCCCACCUGGAGAGGAGCCCACUGGGGAUCCGGUGGGAACGUGCCGAGCUUGUCCCCCCGGCACCUUCUCACCAGGGAACAUGUCCUGCUCCUCUCACACCCAUUGCAGGACCAGGAACAGGAUCCUGGUGGCACCGGGGACAGCGGUGACCGACAGCCGCUGUGGAACGUGUCUGCUGGGGUUUUACAGCCCUGGAGGAGAGAGGGAACCCCAGGGUCGGUGUCUGCCCUGCGCCAUCGCUCCCCUCAGCACCCCGGGGUGUCCAGGCCAGCGACGAAGAACCCGUAGCCCUGAAACACUGGACCAGCCGGUGGGGACCAACGGGACAUGGGUGACCCUGAUGGGUGAGGAAGAGGAGGAUGAGGCAGCAGCAGCCGUGUUGACCAUCGUCCCGGUCUUCUGCGCCAUGGGAUUGUUGGGCAUCCUGGUCUGCAACCUGCUGAAGAAGAAGGGUUACCACUGCACCACCAGCAAGGACCUCCAGCCCGGUGGCACCGGUCCCAGCUCUAUCUACCAGCUGGAGGAUGCCAACGAGGACACCAUUGGGGUGCUGGUGAGGUUGAUCACUGAGAAGAAAGAAAACGCUGCAGUACUGGAGGAGCUGCUGAAGGAGCAUCACAGCCAACAGCUGAUGCCACCACCAAGCUGCACCCCUCCAAAGAAGCUGCACCUCCUGCCUCAGUUUCCCCCCACCUGCCAACACCAACAGCACCUCCACACCGUGCAAGGUCCAGCCCCAUGCGUUCGCUGCAGCCAGAAGAAGUGGCCCGAGGUGCUGCCAUCACUCAAUGCCACCAAGGUCCCCAAACCUGGUGGUCGCACCGGUGAGGUGACCAUCUUCUCUAUUGGCAGGUUUCGGGUGUCACGGAUCCCUGAGAUGAGGAGCGAGGUGGGGGGUGACCCCCUCUGUGGUCACCUCCCUGCUGAGAGCGGGAUGAAGCCCCCAUGGUUGAAAAGCACCGAUGACCCCCCUGAG